UAUAUCAGACAAGUCUCUACAGCCUCCAUCCAGCACGGACCCCGCGGCCUGCCUCCCUCUCCUUCUUCUCCCACCCCCAGCCCAGCGUGCGCAUUCUCUCUCUCUCUCUCUCCCUCAAUCUCGGCGGCGACUGGGCGACCGACCAACCGUCGCUGCCCUACGCCAGGUGCCACCAAGGUCUUCUUCGGGCCCUUCGCCGGCGACGAGCACCACCAGGCAAUUAGACUUGCGUGAGAAAUGGAUGCUACUGCUGGUUAAUUGUGAUACGGAUUUAUAUGGACAUAGAUAUUGGGGCCAUGUGUAAGGGCGGAAACUGUUUCUACCGCGUCAAUAAGGAGAGCUCUGCUGAUUCUACAAGGAAGAUCCAUUCCGCAGUCUCUCACGAUCGGAUGGCAUUUGAUACAGCAAGGGCAACGAAAACAGAGGCAUCAAAGUUGAAGAACCUAAUCUCGGCAUCAUUCAAACCCUUGUCUCUGACCAUUCCCAUCGGCGACGGGUUCCACGAAUCCUUCCCUUUCAGCCAUUGUCAUUUAUAGUAGAGAAGGGUCUAUAAGUAAGCCAAGGUUUUUUGUUCUUGUUGGCUUGCGAGAGGAGGCCAAGGUUGAGGUGCUUUCUGCUGCAUCUCAUAAUGCUUGCUGUGUCACAAGAACAUCUUGCUCAUUCACAGACGUGCUUCCGAGCAAGGAUGCAACUCAAGCCUCCUACAAGACCCAAACUCUAUUCAGGGCUCAUGCCCCAGGAGGAAUUCGAUUCAUACUGUGAUCUAAUACCAGGCUUGCCUGAAGACUUGGCAAAGAUAUGUCUUGCCCUUGUUCCUCGUACUCAUUUUCCUGUCAUGGGUGCAGUUUCCAAGAGGUGGAUGUCAUUUCUUGAGAGCAAGGAACUCAUAGCUGUGAGGAAGGAGGUUGGGAAACUUGAGGAGUGGGUGUAUGUCUUGACUCCAGAUGCUGGCGCAAAGGGGUCGCACUGGGAGAUCCUAGAGUGUUCAGGGCAAAAGCAGAGCCCUCUUCCGCGUAUGCCUGGACUAACCAAAGCUGGGUUCGGUGUGGUUGUUAUUGGUGGGAAGCUCUUUAUUAUUGCUGGCUAUUCCGCUGACCAUGGGAAAGAUUGUGUUUCAGAUGAGGUUUAUCAAUAUGAUUCUUGCCUUAACAGGUGGACUGUUCUUGCUAAGAUGAAUGUAGCUCGGUGUGACUUUGCCUGUGCAGAGGUCAAUGGGGUGAUAUAUGUUGCUGGCGGAUUUGGUCCAAAUGGCGAGAGUUUAUCUAGCGUCGAAGUUUAUGAUCUAGAACAGAAUAAAUGGACACUGAUUGAGGGCCUACGGAGACCACGGUGGGGCUGCUUCGGGUGCAGCUUUGAAGGGAAGCUCUAUGUCAUGGGUGGCCGUUCAAGCUUCACAAUUGGCAACUCCCGUUUUGUUGACGUGUACAAUCCUAAUAACCAUGCCUGGGACCAGGUCAAGAACGGCUGUGUGAUGGUCACGGCUCAUGCAGUCCUCGGCGAGAAGCUCUUCUGCAUCGAGUGGAAGAACCAGAGGUCUCUAGCAAUCUUCAACCCGGCUGACAACUCCUGGCAGAAGGUCCCCGUGCCGCUUACUGGUAGCUCAAGCACUCGUUUUUCCUUUGGGGUACAUGAGGACAAGCUGCUGCUCUUCCCUCUGGAGGAAGAGCCUGGGUAUCAGACGCUGAUGUAUGAUCCUGCAGCUCCGAUGGGGUCUGAGUGGUGCACAUCGAAGCUGAAGCCAUCAGGUUCUUGCCUGUGCAGCGUGACCAUCAAAGCCUGAUGAUGCCCUUGAAUGCGUGGGAUGCGGCAGUUUUAGAGUUCUUCAUAUAGGAUGGAAUCCCGCUUGCCUUCAUAUUUUAGAGUUCAGAUGAGGCUGGCUUUGUUUGGUCUCAAGUGCAAUCUUGUUUCUUCAAAUUUUAGUUUGUGUGUCGCAUCGACAAAUAAUGAAUAGGACAUUUAUGUUUCAGUUCAUUGAGUUGCUGAAGCGUCAUGAUGUAUUCUCAUUUCACCUGUAUUGAACUCUGGCCGUUUGGGUCUUGGGUUGAUUUGAUCUUUUUUGCUGGCACUCACAUGAUAACGACAGCGUGGUGUUGUCAACUGAUGCUCAGUAGAAAGGUUUAUGUUGUUGGACA